AAGCGUCUGAGAACCGGAGAGAGGUACGAGCGGAGAAAGAGCGCGGUGCUGUAGGAAACCGGCAUGUCCACCAAUCGCGAGGCUCCUUCCCGAUUCCGACCAAUUGCUUGAGAGAGGGCUUCCGGUGGCUACCACUCUGGAAACUACGCCAUGUGCACACGUGACUCGCGCGCGCUCACCGAGGUGCAACCCCGGGAGGUGUUAAAGUAUGCAAAGAAGCCUGUUUGUCCUGAUGUCUUCAGGGAGACCAUGGAUCAGCCCGGAGUUCUCCUCUGGGUAAAGGCAGAACCUUUUCUAGUGGGUGCCUUGCAGGAGCCACCUCCUUCUAAAUUCAGCCUUCACUACCUCAGGAAGAUAGCCACCUAUGUGCGAACUCGGGCCACAGAAGGCGCCUACCCACGCCUGUACUGGCCUACCUGGAGGCACAUUGCGUGUGGAAAGCUGCAGUUGCCCAAGGAUCUAGCAUGGCUUUACUUUGAAAUAUUUGAUAAUCUUUCUGUGAGGACACCUGAGGAACGCCUGGAAUGGUCUGAAAUUUUGUCCAACUGUGCAACUGAAGAUGAAGUUGAAAAGCAAAGAAAUCAGCUUUCUGUGGACACGCUACAAUUCCUGCUCUUCCUAUAUAUCCAGCAGUUAAACAAGAUCUCUCUGCGGACAUCGUUGAUUGGGGAAGAAUGGCCCAGUCCCAGAGGCAGACCUCAGUCUCCUAGCCCCACUGAAAGACCCAGUUGUCACAAUAAGAAUUGGAAUGAUGACAGUCACCAGGCUUUUGUCUGGGAUCAUAUGUCAGAGCUCCUCGAGCUUGGGAAGUGCAGGCUGAGCAGCAGGAUUCGUGCUGACAUGGCUGUGUCUGUCGUUGAAGGUUCGACCAAAAGAGCUAAGAUUGCUUGCAAUGCUCACACAGCCCCUCGGUUGCACCGCAUCGUGGUGAUGAGCCAGGUUUACAAGCAGACACUGGCCAAGAGCUCAGAAACUCUAGUAGGAGCACAUGUCAGGGCUCACCGCUGCAAUGAGUCUUUUAUAUAUCUGCUCUCCCCCUUACGGUCCAUGACAAUUGAAAAAUGCAGGAAUAGUACCUUUGUGUUGGGUCCUGUGGAGACGGCUCUUCAUCUGCAUGACUGUGAGAAUCUAAAAGUCAUUGCUGUUUGCCACCGAUUGUCCAUCUCUUCUACUACAGGCUGCACCUUUCACAUUAUGACACCUUCACGCCCACUUAUUCUCUCUGGAAACCAGACAGUAACUUUUGCCCCCUUUCAUACCCAUUACCCAAUGCUGGAGGACCACAUGGCCAGGACUGGCCUCGCUACAGUGCCUAACUAUUGGGAUAACCCGAUGGUGGUGUGCAGAGAAGGCACUGACACAAGAGUCUUCCGGCUCUUGCCUCCCUCUGAGUUCUAUGUCUUUAUUAUUCCCUUUGAGAUGGAAGGGGACACAGCAGAGAUACCUGGGGGUCUCCCCCCGGCCUACCAGAAAGCACUGACUCAGAGAGAACAGAAGAUACACAUCUGGCAGAAAACUGUGAAGGAGGCUCGUCUGACAAAGGAGCAGAGGAAGCAGUUCCAGGUCCUCGUGGAGAACAAGUUCUAUGAAUGGUUGGUUAGUACAGGACAUCGGCAACAGUUGGACAGCCUCGUUCCCCCUCCAGCAGCCUCCAGACAAGUGGCUGGAUAGGACCCACAUGAGCCACAGGGCUCUGGAACAGUGAGGAAGAAUGGAGGAUGGUGCCCCCUGAAGCCUGGUGGAAAGGCAUCCUUGCUGCCUACGAGAUCUCAAGGCUUCUCUCUAUUUAAGACCUUUUCCUGGUUCCUGUUCUGUACUCACCUGGGUUGAAUUUUAGCCAAACUUCUGACUUUCAUAAAGCAUCUUACUAUAAAAGGUCAGGAGGUCACACUUGUGGUGCCGAAAUGGAACACUGCGCAAGGCAGCUCUGUGUAUAUGUUAGUGUCUUAGUGACCAAGUACAGGCUUACAAGCUGACUUUCCAUUUUAACAAUGAAAGGUUUUGUCCUAGCUAAAAAAAGUUAGCCAGGUAUUGUGGCACAUGCUUGUAAUCCCAGAGCUCAGCAGGCAGAGGCAGGCAGAUCUCUGCAAGCCAGGCCAGCCUGGUCUAUACGGUGAGGAUCUGUCUCAACAAACAAACAAACAAAUAAAUGCACAAAAGAAAGGAAUGAAAAGAAAAAACAUUUGUGUGGUUCUUUGUAACUUGCUCCUCUCUAUUUAAGAAGAGUUACAGAAUGAUCUUUUGGUGUAUAAACAUGGCAGAGAUAGUUUUAUAAAAUGGUAUUUUAGGCCUUAAAGUAUAAAACACAUGAAAUUGUAUAAUUUUUUUUAUUUUUUAUUUUCUGAUUCCAGUUUUAAUAGACUCUAAAAAGUAAUUUCUUUCCUUUUGUUAAAAAGAGGUUUCACUUUUAAUUUUAAUAAAAGGUUUCUGUUAUUGUGUACUGUG